UUUAGCAACAACCACACCGAGGAAGUUGGCAUCGCCGAGGUGUCAGUGAACGCAGCAGCAAAGGAUCAACCUGUGAGGAGUCCCACUCGCGGCGGACGAACACAAACUAGUAGCAAGUUAGCACAACAAUGACACUUUAGCGCCGGCUCAUGUUUAUUCGCCGAAGCUGCGUGCGUGUGGGCGACUUUUAGUUAGGCGGGGAGCCGCUCGACGGUCUGCCGCCAUUGUUGAGAGUUGUCAGUCGGAUGGAAGUGAGUGAGACAGGUCGACUUUGAAGACAGACAGGUCGCACUUCAGAGAACAUUUUUUUUUUUUUUUUUUCGUAAGAGCGGCGACUUUGAGGUUCCGAUGUCCACCGCAAAGUUCGCGGAGGAGCUGGACUUUGGACUCAUCUUCGAGGAGGAGGGGAGACAAAAUGCAGCCGACGUCCGUGUGAGGACGCAGCAGCCGGCUGACAUCCAUCAGCCGCUCGCCCCACCCGUCUACCAACAUGGCAGCUGCUCCUCGCAGGUGCCUGCGUACAGGGUCCAGGGGAACCACAGGCCCUUUGAUUGCCCCAGCAUCCAGAUCACCGCCAUCGCAGCCAACAACCACGUCACCCAGCACGCAGGGGCCGUGGGCGGGGUCGAGGGCGGCUACCUGGAAGCGUCCUGGUCCAGGGACCAGCUGUACCUCCCCCUGGACCCGUGUUACCGCGACCCGGCAUUCUGCCCGAGCCCCUGCAGCAGCCUGUCCUCACGGAGCUGGGUGUCGGACCUGUCCGACGACGUGGAUGGCGAGCUGCGGGACGCGGCGCUACUGGCCCUGGGCUCACCGGGCUGCGGGGGCGGAGCCUUUGGCGUGGAGCUAUGGCAGCAGAAGUACCAAAACGCAACCGCCUUCAGCCCGGCACUGUCGCCUCACCAGUCGCCGAGUCAUUCGCCGCGCGCCAGCGUCACAGAGGACAACUGGCUGAGUCGCCGCCCCACCUCCAGGCCCUCAUCGAGACCAACGUCCCCCUGUGGGAAGAGGCGUCAUGCCAACGCCGAACCCUUUACUCGCUCGCCUUCUCCUCAGCACUCUCCCAGCGUCACGUCGGGCGCCUCCCCGCAUGGCAGCGUGACAGACGACAUCUGGCUCCCCGCCCUCGCACCCUCGCUGGCGUGUGGAUUCCAGGAGCUGGACGUCCCGUCCAAGACCAGACGGACAUCCGGUACUCAGCUGACCCUCCUGGCGGGUCCAGGCGAUACGGUUCUGGAGGAGCUGAGGGGCGUGGCGUCCCCAGGGGAGAAGUCAGGUGACCGCGACGGCCUGGCAGACCUUUUCCUGCAGGUGCCGUCGCACUUCAGCUGGACCACGCCCAAACCCGGGGCCCCUCCCCUUUUCAGAAACGCAUCGCCACCGCCUCUGGACUCGCCGCUGCAGAGCCACUUUGAGCACAACGAGCUGAGGCUGGAGGUGCAGCCCCGCCCCUACCACAGGGCGCACUACGGGACGGAGGGCAGCCGGGGCGCCAUCAAGGCGGCGAACGGAGGACACCCCUUCGUCAAGGUGAGCGGUCCCUGCGAGCGCCCCGCCACCUUGCAACUCUUCAUCGGCACGGCGGACGAGCGCCACCUCCGUCCUCACCCCUUCUAUCAAGUACACCGCGUGACGGGCAAGACGGUGACCACCGCCUGCCAGGAGAAGCUGGUGAAUGGCACCAACGUCCUGGAGGUUCCUCUGCUUCCGGAGAACAUGUCCGCCAGCAUCGACUGCGCGGGAAUCCUGAAGCUGCGCAACGCCGACAUCGAGCUAAGGAAAGGCGAGACGGACAUCGGCAGGAAGAACACCAGGGUGCGCAUCGUGUUCAGGGUCGCCAUUCAGCAGUCGGACGGCUGGACGCUGUGGCUGCAGACGGCGUCGAUCCCCGUCGAGUGCUCCCAGCGCUCUGGUCAGGAGCUUCCUCACGUGGAGAGCUUCAGCCCGCGCAGCUGUGGGUGGCGGGGGGGAGAAGAGCUUUGCAUCAUCGGCGCCAACAUGUCCGCCCAGUCCAGAGUUGUCUUCAUGGAGAAAAGUCCUGAUGGACGAGUCCUGUGGGAGACGGACGCCAUGGUCUUGCCCGACAAAAGCAGCGGCUCCGGCAUCGCGGUGGAAAUCCCGGCGUACGGCCGGACCACCGGCACACCCGCCCAAGUCCUCUUCUACGUCUCGAACGGCAAGAGGAGGAGGAGCCCGGCUCAGAGCUUCACGUACCUGCCGGCCGACGCCAAGCUGCUCCCCUUCGCCGCCGGCCAGGUGGUCAAACAAGAGCGCUGGGAGGAGAACGCUGUGUCCCACAAUGCACCCGGCCUUCACGAAGGGGAGGCGGUCCGUUACGCCCCCAGCGGGCUGGCGGUGCAUUGCGGUCCGCCUCCUCAUAGCGGCGCUCGGCUGCACCAUCCUCCUCCUCCUCCUCCCCCCCUGCACGCCGCCCUUGACGUCACCGCCCACAAGGACGCAUGGUUGUGGGGGCCGGGCGGCGGGCUCAGCAUUAAACAGGAGCCUGAGAACACGCCCCCUGCAGCCUCACUGGGCCUACAAGAGAUCACGCUGGAUGACGUCAACGAGAUCAUCGGCAGAGACGUCAGCAGCCUCAGUGGCGCCCGCCCCGACCCGUUGGACCAGCCUCGCCAGUACGACUGGGAGUACAAGUCCAGUGACGUCGCCUUGCCGUAGUACGGCGCCGCAAGUGCCUCUUUUUACACUGGGAGGAGCCAGGCAAUGCUUCAGCAACAAAACUUUUUAUUGGUCGGUUAGAAAUCUAUUUUUGAUACUUCCUGUUUGCCGAGUCAUGUGGCUGCUGUGCUGUGAGCCUAAAUUAGAAAAAGUCCAACAAGAA